AUGUAAACUUAUACAGCUUGUUAUUAUGGUUAAUAUUUAAAGUGUAACGAUGGAUUUACUUUAGAAAUUAACAAAUGUAUAUCAAUUUGUGGAGAUGGUUUAGCCAAUAAAUAGGAAGAAGAAUGUGAUAAUCCAAAUGAAUAAGGAUGCGAAAAAAAGGAAAUGUAUGUUCUGGUCAAAAUUAUUCGAUUUGCAAAACUUGUGGAAUGCAUUGUGAAGAUUGUUAGAAUAUAAAUAAAUUUGAUUUAAAAUUUAAUGAUUGUAUGCCAGAUUAUCCAGUUUUAGAUAAAUGUUUAAAAUGUGAUUAUAAUUGUAUAACUUUUAAAGAUUAAUUAAAUUUAUGUAUAUCCUGCUAUAGAAAUGAUUGUGAACUAUGUGAAUCAUUUCCUGGAUAUGAUACGGAUUUCUAAAAAAAAGUUUUUAUCACUUAAUGUAAAGAUGGAAUUGUUGUCUAAGAAAGAGAGAAUUGUGAUGAUGGAAAUCAAGAAAAUGGAGAUGGUUUGGAUUUGUAAUUUGGAAUAACUCAAUUCAUGCCAUUCAAAAACUAUAUUUUCUUUAAAAUAUUUAUAUCAAAUAUAGGGACAUUAAUUCUACCAAAUAUAACCAAUUUAAAUGAGGAUCAAUAUUAAAUAAUUAUCAAUCCAGUAGUGGAAAUUGAACAUAACUUAGUAUGGCUAUGUAUGA